AUGUCUACUGAUCGGAAAGCUAUUAUUAAGAAUGCAGACAUGCCAGAGGACAUGCAGUCUGAUGCAGUGGAGGUCGCUCUUCAAGCCUUGGAGAAGUUCAACAUUGAGAAGGAUAUUGCGGCGUACAUAAAAAAAGAGUUUGACAAGAAAUAUCAACCUACGUGGCACUGUAUUGUUGGCCGUAACUUUGGCAGUUAUGUCACGCACGAAACGCACAGCUUCCUGUACUUUUACUUUGGACAGGUUGCAAUUCUUCUGUUCAAGUCAGGAUAG